AUGUCAAAUAAUACAACAGAGAACUCGACUAACACUCACUCAGUUCUUCUAGGUCUGUUCCUGGGAAGCAUUUCACUGGUCACUAUUGUCAUGAAUAUAUUAGUACUUUGUGCUGUGAAAACCGAAAAGAAGCUGCAAACAGUUGGCAAUUUAUACAUUGUCAGCCUCUCUAUUGCAGAUCUUAUAGUUGGUGCAGCUGUUAUGCCCCUGAACAUUGUUUAUCUCCUAAGUCCCGUGACAACUCUAGGCUUACCAGCAUGUUUGUUCUGGCUGUCGAUGGAUUAUGUGGCCAGUACUGCAUCCAUUUUCAAUCUCUUCAUAUUGUGCAUUGACCGUUAUCGUUCAGUUCAGCAACCACUGAAAUAUCUCAAGUACAGAACAAAAACGAGAGCAUCGCUAAUGAUUUUGGGAGUUUGGUUUCUCUCUUUCAUGUGGGUCAUUCCAAUCCUAGGAUGGCAUGUUUUUGCUCAUAACGGGGAAAGGAAAGUAAAGGAAAAGCAAGUAUGUGAAACUGAAUUCUCUGAAGUCACCUGGUUUAAAGUGUUGACGGCCUUUGUCAAUUUCUACAUACCCUCUAUCAUGAUGUUAUGGUUCUACUAUAAAAUAUACAGAGCUGUUCAAAAACACUGUCAACACCGAGAGCUCGUGGAUGGAUCAUGUCGGUCUUUCUCAGAAAAAAACCCCACACAUCAUAGUAAGAUGAAGGACGAGCAAACUAUUUGCCUCCAAAAGCAAAUCUUGGAUGAGAACACCCCUCCCGAAGACAAGCAAAGCUCCCCUCAGCCCAAAAAUACAGAGGCAGAGCUUCAUUUCAGAAAUUGUGACAAGACUUCAAAGGCAGUUAGCAGGAGUAACAAGAAAGUUCUUAAAUGGAGCUGUUUUCAUCUCACCACUGCCCAGUCUAAGCCAGACCUGGAUCAAUCAGGAAAGCAGCGUGGGUGUGCAACACAAGAUGACAAAAACGAAGAGGAGCUUUGCUCACAAGACAGUGACUUAAGUGAUGCAUCAGACACAGACAACCGGACUUUCACAGAAGAGGUACCCUGUGGAAAGCACUCCAGUCCUAACCCUGAAAUAGCCUGCAGUCCUCAGGAGAAGGCUGAGCACAGGGAUUUCAAAGGACUGACUUACCUGAGGAAAACCUGGCAAAGUCUGCACAGCCAUUCCCAAAGGCACAUCCAAGGACUGCAUGGGAACAGGGAGAGGAAAGCAGCUAAGCAGUUAGGGGUCAUAAUGGCAGCCUUUAUGCUGUGCUGGAUUCCCUAUUUUGUAUUAUUUAUGGUAAUAGCUUUCCAUGGCCAUGAACAAUAUUCAAAAUUACAUAUGUUCACUAUAUGGCUUGGCUAUGUGAACUCCACCUUAAAUCCAUUCCUGUAUCCUCUUUGUAACCAGAAUUUCAAGAAGACAUUCAAAAGGAUCCUCCACAUUCGCUGA